GACCCGAGGAAAGCAAGCUGGAUUUCCUGAGCACACACAAGUUGCAUUAACGGGAUUAUCUCUUGGCAGCGGGACGAGAAAUUCAAAUUAUGUAGGAGCCGUGCGUAAAAGUCCACAACACACCUCUGAGGGGCUGAUCGUCGGAGGGAGGAUUGUGCCAAAGCGCGACUUGAGGAGAGAGCGUAUUCAUGCAAAUUCAUAAAAUCAUAGGCGUGCCUUUGGGCGAUGGAGUCACAGCCGGAAAAGCAAACCCCCUCCUGGAUCAUCAGCGAGCUUCAAAGACUGUGAUGCGCGGCGCUCGGACGCAUUGACAGCACCACCGGGUCAAAUGUUUUAAAGGCGCAGAGAAAGAGAAGAGAAAGUUAGGGCUCGUUCUUCUACACGGUUCUGUUCACUGGCUGCACUUUUUCCCUCAACUCAACCACCAGCUCGACUGCUGCGCCACUGUUCCGCUGGAUCUCCAAUCCAAAGGCUUAUUGCGCAAACUGCCACGCACUGCCGUUACUAAUACUAUUAGCUUUGGGUUUAUUUUUUUCUUAUUUUUACAUGUUUGCAGUCAGUUCGGAACACUUUAAAUACUAAGGGCCCUGAUGUGGAUGAAGUUACAGCCCUCUUACUUUACAGAAUUUGUGCGUAAAGACGCUGAACACUGAUUUGUUCCUAUUUCGAGAAAACAAUUUCAUUUUUUAUUUUAUUUUUUUUUAAUUGUUGAGGACCUUUCUCCACCAUGUCAGAGGACGACAGCAGUUCCACUAUCAGCCUUAUGUCUGAAACAGACGGUACCAACGUCAGUGUUCUCAGCUGGGAGCAAGUGCAGCGGCUGGACGCCAUUCUAACCGAGACCAUCCCGAUCCACGGCCGGGGAAACUUCCCCACGCUGGAGAUGCAGCCGCGGCAGAUUGUCAAAGUAGUGCGGAGUCGGAUGGAGGAGAAACAGAUCCACGUCCGGGACGUUCGGUUAAACGGCUCGGCAGCCAGUCACAUUCUGCACGAGGAUAGUGGACUGGGCUACAAGGACCUCGACCUCAUAUUUUGCGCAAAUAUGAAAGGUGAAAGUGACUUCCAGACUGUGAAGGACAUAGUUUUGGACUGCCUCCUGGAUUUUUUACCCGACUGUGUGAAUAAAGAGAAAAUAACUCCUUUAACGUUAAAGGAGGCCUAUGUGCAAAAGAUGGUGAAGGUGUGCAAUGACUCAGACCGCUGGAGUCUCAUCUCCCUCUCUAACAACCGGGGGAAGAAUGUGGAGCUGAAGUUUGUGGAUUCCCUUCGGCGGCAGUUUGAGUUCAGUGUGGACUCCUUUCAGAUCAAACUGGACUCCCUGCUGCUGUUCUACGAGUGCUCAGAGAACCCCAUGGCCGAGACCUUCCACCCAACCAUCAUGGGCGAGAGUGUGUACGGAGACUUCAGCGAGGCCCUGGACCACCUACGUCACAAGGUCAUCUGCACCCGGAACCCGGAGGAGAUCCGAGGCGGGGGCCUCCUGAAGUACUGUCACCUCCUGGUGAGAGGUUUCCGGGCGGCGUCCGAGUCAGAGAUGAAGUCCCUGCAGCGCUACAUGUGCUCACGCUUCUUCAUUGACUUCCCUGACAUUGGUGAGCAGCAGCGCAAGCUGGAGUCCUACCUUCAAAACCACUUUGUGGGCCUUGAAGACCGCAAGUAUGACUACCUGAUGACCCUCCACGGAGUAGUGAAUGAGAGCACAGUGUGUCUGAUGGGGCACGAGAGGCGGCAGACCUUGGGGCUCAUAGCCAUGCUGGCAGUGCGCGUGCUUGCCGAGCAGAAUGUCAUCCCCAACGUGGCUAAUGUUACGUGUUACUACCAACCUGCUCCUUAUGUGGCAGAUGGUAACUUCAGUAACUACUACAUAGCACAGGUACAACCGGUGUUUGCUUGCCAGCAGCCUGCUUACUCCACCUGGCUGCCGUGUAACUGAUUCAGCCCCAAAGAAAGGAUGAGGAAGUGAGUCCGAUUGCUUUAAACAGGAGUGAGCGGCAUAGUCGCAGCCUCAAACCUGCCCAGUGCUAAACAGCUGACAGAAAAAGGAAUCCUCUGUUUAAUGUUUUGCAUCAAAGCUUCUGUUUUUGUUCAUACUUUGAGUAUGAAUGGUCAAUCAAGAACAGUUGGCGUUCACUUCAAGUACGUAUUUUAAUGUGAAUCUUUCACAUUUCUUGAAACGCCAACAUCUCUUGAUUCUGCCCAGGCCAACAAGGUUUGGAAAAGACUAAUUUAGGGAGCUUGGCAGCAAUGGCUAAAUGCAAAAGUGUGAUGGCCUUGAAUGCGAACAGCAGAACUGUCAUUAAGGCUGUACAAGACUGAUUCAAUCUGUCACGAACUCAUUAGCCAGCAUGUUCCAGCAGCAGCAGACCACAUGGCUGCAUCAGUGUCCUGAAGUUGACAGCUACUCCAGGCCAGCAUUCAGGGGUGUGUAGCUCUGUGACCACACACACACACACACACACACACACACACACGCACACACACACACACACGUACACGUACACACACACGUACACAUGCACGCACGCAUGCACGCACUCUGGGUGAAAUCAGAAACCAGAGGUCUGUGUGGGGCUGAAAAAUGAGCACCCUACAUUCUGCUUUCCAUCAGCUGAACCGAGGUGAGAUGCUGUUAUACUAGUUUGGGUAACAAUCCGGCAUCUCUGCCUUGCAUUUGGAUAUAAUUAUGGUUGUUUACAGACCAAAGAUUUUUUUCUUCUAACAUGAAAACCCAAUUUUGAUGGGGGAAAAAACCAAGCAAAAUAUGAAGCUAUUGUAAUGUCUAUUUGUAUAUGUGAACAUAUAUGUGUUUAUAAGUGCCUAUUGCCUCACUGUGGGCAGAGAAAAGAAUGAGCAGGCCAUAUGACCCCACUUUGUUUCUAGUCAGCCACACAAGACAGUAGCACCCCAGAGGCUUGUGAAUGUAUAUGUGAACUUAUGCACAGUCAGUGUUUGUGUACGUUUGGAUGAAAAAGGGCACUAUACGUUAGUGUGGAUUUGCAGUGAAGUAGCAGUGAAAAGUGUACGAUUGAUUGGUCUUUGUGAGAUUCACAUUUUUGGUGGGGGAUGUUUGGAAUCUCAAAAUGUUAUCCUCUCUGAGUGAUGCUCAAAUGUCCCAAAUUAAUAUUCAAACGAUUAAACUGUAAUGACAGCGGUUGAUAAGCAUUUUAUGAUCAUCAGCAACAAAGACACUCACGAUAUUUCUUGUAUAUUUUGUACAGCGGUGCUUCUCUUUUUCUCAUCCGAGAAAAAAAAAAAAAAGUCACAAUAAGUAGAUAAGAGACAGAGAGAGGAAAGACUGCAUUUCAAGAGAGGGCUCGGCAUGUGUGUUCCCCAAAGCUUCACCCUACAGUAGAAGGAUAUUUGCACAGACACCUCAGAUGAUGAGACACUGUUUGCUGUAGCACCCUGGCAGGGAAUUCCUCAGCUGCUGUUGAAGAGCUUGAACUUAGCUUGGGUUGGGUUUGCAGACGCUCUGUUUAGGGUUCAGAAAAAUGUAGUGCCAAACAUUGUGGUAGCUCCGCUUGCCAGCCAUAAAGUUUAAUGAGGUCAUUUGCUGAUGUAGAUGAUAUAGAAUACAGAGAGAGAGAGAGAAAGAGAGACCGAAGAGAAUACUUUAAAAAAGAAAAGUGAGAGAAAGGAAAAUGCGGCGGUUAAAAGCCAGAGGGGAGAGUGAGUCGGUCUGGAGAGAUGGGUGCAGCUGGUGAUGGGGUUUAUCUCUUUAGGGUUAUCAUGUUUUACUGUACAAACCGUCUGUGUUGAGGUCAGACUGAUGGACAGUGUAAGCAGCAUAUCCCUUUUUUUUAGGGAGACCAAGACAUUCUGUUAUCAGCAUUUGCUCUCUGUUUUAAUCAUCUGAUUGUUAAUUUAAAAAAAAAAAGGAAAAAAAAAAGUAGUGCUUGCAUUCACAUCAGCUUCAUAAGUUACUGAGCGGCAACAACCACAGCCUGAAAUUGAAGCUAACGUACCUUAAAGUGCAAUAACGCUGAGAGUUGCGAGUUGCUGGCUCUUACAAAAUGACUGACUCCACUAUACUCCCAUUCAUAAAGCACAUAGCUCUCCACUGAAAUACAAAAUAAAUUAACUCCAUAAUUAAGCAGAUCUUAAGCUUCAAAGAAAAGCAUGUUUGGAGGCACAACUGUCUUGACUGAAAUGAUCUGGAGUGGGUUUAGGUGUCUCUCUACUCUGUUGCUUCCCAUAUUUGAAAGGUCCCGGCUUUAAUAAUAAAAUGUCGACCAUAAAGACAGUCUUUAGGCUUCAAUUUGACCUCAUUGCAAACCAGCAGGUGACUUCAUUGCUUGCUACGUCCAUCUUCAUACCCAGUCUGUGGUUGCAGCUUAUGUUUCAUUUGUGAGGUUGCUUCAUCGAUACAUAUUCAUGUUUUUAUGCUUCAUUCCACCCCCGUUUUGAAGAACUGUACUGUACAUAAAUAUAUAUAUGAUUACAUGCUUCAGCUUCGUCAGCACACUUAUUUCUUGCAAACUAGACUGCAGCUUUUCCUGAUGGCAGGUAGAAAAUGAAAAUGGUGAUUUUAAGCGUAAACAUGCAGGUUUGGCCCAGAGUCAGCUCAAUACUGCAACAAAAAGAGAAAUUCUCUCGCUGAAAAAGCAUUUCUUUCUAAUCCUCUGUCUCACAUAAUUCUGAUAAUUCAAAACUGCUCUAUUCAAUAGUUUCUUCUUCUCAAUGACUGUCCACAUUGAUGGUAUCCUUUGGAUUGUGCAGGCAAGGUAUUGUCGUUUUAUACUCAGUGAAGUCCUAACAGCUGACUAGCUAGCUAGCUCCAGUCUGCCUGUCAGUUAGUGAUCGUGCCUAUCUGUUAGAGAUUGUGGGUUACAGCAUCGUCUUGUAUGCGUUGUCUUAACUAGCUGUUUCUGUUUAAGCAGUCUUUUACAAAUCAGAAUUUGAAAAAGAAAGAAAAAGAUCCUCGUCAUGUAUGUAUAUUUUUUAUGAUUGUUAUUUUUAUAAAUGUAUCUGACACUGCCGGUGUUGCAGUGCUUUUGAAUCUGUGAUCGGGCUUCAAAGGAUAUGUUCUCAAUAGCUUUUUUGCUAUAAUAUGUUAUGUGUCCAAUGGAUCAAAAGGUUAAAGAUGUUUUCCUCAAUAAAAUAUCUGAAAACCAGA